UCCUGUCCCUGUCCUGUCCCAGCCUACAUUGUCCUGUUCCUCCCUCACAGGAUUUAGCAUCACUAUCCCGUAUAAAAACUGUCUUUGCACUAUGCAUAUAGUGCUUUGUUUCUUGGUUUUUCUGACUUCUUUUGUGCUGUCUUUUCAUGUUUCUUGUUUCUCUCUGUCCUCUUCUUUUUGUUUUCUUUGCUGUCACUCAAUGAGGAAUUUCACAAAAUAAACGUUGCGUUGAAACAAAUGAAUUUGAACAGCGCCCCCACGUCUGAACGUGGCUACCUGCCAGUUUCGUCAAGUCGUGUUCCAGACGGCCUCGAAGAAACCCACUUCGUCGGAGUGCUGCGACGCGUUUGUGGAGGGUCGACGUCGCCUAAGUUGGACUUCCCACUCGCGGUUGUCCUUGCGACGGCGUUAGCUUCGAGGCUAACGUCGCCGGUAGCUGCUAGUUAGCGUUGAAAAUGCGCGCGAGGCAGUCAAGUUUUGAAUUUCAAAAGAACUCCCGACUUGUUCGCCACGUCAGAAGUAACGCAAACUGAACCAUCGGGUUAUAUAAAUAGAUUGUUGGGCUUACUAACUUCAUUAGUGGAAGUACUACGCUUGUUCCUGUAACUUAUUUGGGGAAAAAAAAUCAUGCAGUCCAAGGGCGCCACCUUCAGACACUUCAAACCUUUGUCAGCAUAUGCAAGGGUGGCAAUUUCUGAAGAGAGCCUGCACAAGUUUCCGGAGCCAUUUAUUAAUUUUCAUAUUGAGAUUUUCAACAAUGGUGCAACCAAGCGGAAAUGGGAUGAUUCCGAUCAGGAAAGCCAUGAUGAGAUGCCAGCAAAGAAAGCGUUCGGUCCAAAGGUGUCAACGCCAGACGAAGGCUGUUUCCUGUCCUACUGUAGCCCUCCAGCGGGACAACAAUCCCCUUUCGUCCACUCUCAGCCCUCACUGUUUGCUAAAACGCUGCCCAUCAAAGUCAAAAGUCAUGAGGCAUGCAAGUCUGCCCCGGAGCCAUGCAGGAGUCUCGCCGGGACGAAUUCAUGUUUGUUCGAGUAUGAGCUCUUUCAUCAUCAGCCUGUCUUUGACUCUGAUGUGGAUGAGCUCUUGUGCCUCAAUCCCUCUUACGGCCAUAAAGGUGCUGAUCCUCAUGUAAAAGAUGAUGUGGAUAAGGGUUAUUUGUCCAUGUGCCUCGCACGCUCACUCCAGUCCCCACCUGCCUGUCGUCUAAUUCUAAAGAUGGCCGAGUACACGAUCCAUCCUCCAUCCAAAGUUUCUCACUCAAUUCCAAGUCCGGACCCUGCUGUGGGCGGGUUGUCAUUGGAAUCUUUUGAGGGCGAUGCGAAGGAGGUGUGGAAUAUCGGUCCCCCCGUUCUCGAAUCGUCAGUGUGCGGAGAGGAGGAGAGCGGUAGUGGGAACCAAAAGGGAGAGGAAGUGCAGCCAAGUGAGACAAAACCUUUCUCUAAUUAUGACACCAGCUUGGAGGUUCAGGUGCAGUCGGUUGUGCAUGUUGUCGGUCAGCCCACUUUCAGCAGUACACAAGCUGCACCUCGUGGAAAAUAUCUCAUCAAGAAGCAGUUGUCCACAUCAACACCCAGUACCAGUAAAGACUCCAUCCAUUCCAGGAGGCAGGUGGUGUUAAACACUGAGGAGGAUUGGGAGCGAGAGAAAAGGAUGUACGUCCAGUCAGUUCACAGACACAUCAGUGAGGCUUCAGAUGCUGCGCAAGAUGCUGUUAGCGAGCUGUGGGGUCUCAUGACGCAUGUCGGGCACGAUUCCUCUGGAAGACCAUGGCAACAUCCCUCGGACCUCACGUGCAGGAACUACAAGGCACACUUAAGGAACCCUGAAAUGAAAAUGUCCCUCCACGAAUGGCAGGCCAAGAACAUGGGAACUCACAAGCGCUUUGAAAAAGUGCAGAAAGUCUUCGAAAGAAGUCCAGUUCCCUAAGUGUUUUAUUCUUUCAAUUGUUGUAAUGGUACUUCCUGUUACAUUUGCACUUUUAUGUUUCUAUACUAAAUGUGUUGUGUUUUCAGAGUUGACAAUCCUUUAUUAUAGAUGUGAAAUUGAAUGCAUGUUUGCUGAAUUUUGAUGUGAAAAUUAUUCAGCUCAAUGAGCAUUUUAAUAUUUGCAAUUUUACUAGAAUUCAAACAGUACUUGUACUUUAAAGUGUUGUGUUUUUGUACUUGCUGUGAAAUGUUGCACUUUUUUUAGAUGUAUAACAUUUUGGGCGUACAUCUGUAUAUGCAUAAUCUGUUGUUAAAUGCCAAGUAAAACUGAUAAUUAUAGCAUUUGCAUCAUGGUGGGAGAUCAACUUAAAAACAUUAUUGAAUAUAGUAAAUUCAAUUUUGACUAAACAAAUAUUUUCUGGUUGUUGCUAGAGCUGAGCUCUGGAAUUGACUACACAAUGCAAGUAAAAUACAUCAAUCAGAAUACUGUAUAGCAAAU